UCUUUUGUAAAAAAAAAGCAUAUGCUAAAAUAUAUUAUUUGUGUUCUUAAAUUGAAAAAAGUAGAUUGGAAAUUGUUUGUUCACAAAUAUUUUCAAAAAUUUACUAGUAAGUAGACAUGCUACUGAUUCUUGGAUUCUGAAGUGGAUCACGGGGGGAUGGUCUGUGGUCACCUUUGUAGACGGUAUUUCUAUUUGUUUUUCUCGACGCUUGAUCAAGGGGGCACAAUAAGAGUCCACUAAUUACCGAGAAAAAAAAACUUGCAAGUAAAAAUAAAAAAAGGCUUGAUCAUGUGGUAAUAACAUUAGUGUUGAAAAGUAGUAGCAGCAGAAGAAGAGCAAAAGAGCAAAAGAGAAAAAGAGAGAGUCUUUCUUUUCGCUCUCCCCGCUCUCUUGCUUCCUGGUUGUUGUUUUUUACCGUUCCAUGACCGUUGGGGGCGAGCCUCCCCCAGUGGAGGAUGAUUUCUGUCUCAAACCGCCGGAUGGCUCGCCGGCGACGACGCCUAGCCAACCCAGCAAGCGAGCUAGAGCAAGUAGCAGUGCGGGGUUCUCAGGUGAAGGGGGGAUGGAUUUUGCAGUUGUCACUGCAAUCGCUACGAAGGAAGAUGCAACCCAAAUGGAUACUAAUCUCAAGAUGGGGAAUCAAUCAGAGGCUAAGGAUAUGGAGACAGAGUCGGGCGGACCCAAGGCUUCCUACAAAGACUCCUUCUUAGGGAAUAGCCCGCCGGAUUCGAUCCCAGAAGGGGACGAAUUGAUGUCUGAUGAAUCAGAUGGAGAAGAAACUGAGGAUGACCCGGACUGCCCCACAAUCCGGAUUAAGAAGAGCACAGAUGCGCGCGUUCGAAAUCGCUGGAACGAGCCAUUACCUUCCGGUUCUGGGUAAGUCGUUCCCCUUUGCUUUCAUUCACAGAAGAACUCAAAAUAUGUGGGCAAAAACAGGGGGAAUCAGAAUUGGAGAUAUUGGGAAUGGCUAUUUCCAGGCGAGUUUCGAUUCGCAGCUCGACCAUGAUCGUGCCCUAUAUGGAGGGCCAUGGACGAUCGAAGACCAUUAUAUUGCGUCUGAGCCGUGGAGAAUUGAUUUCGACCCAGAUUUUGACUCAAUUAACAGAGCUUCUGUCUGGGUUAGACUCCCGAGACUUCCCCUUGCUUACUUCGACGAAGAAAUCCUCAGUGACAUUGGUGAUAAGUUGGGAAGGGUGGAGAAGAUCGAUUACAACACGGCCAACGGAUCAAGAGGGAACUAUGCACGAAUUUGUGUGGAAAUCGACCUAAGGAAAAGACUUGUCUCUAAAUAUAGGAUCAAGAGACGG